AUUUGGUAGUUUAUUCAUUGGUCAGCCAUUUAUUACCGUAUUUAUUAUUUAUCAGCUCAUAGCAACCUUGUUAUAACCUCCCCUAACCUGCUCCUGUCACAAGUUGUGUCCCACACGUGACAAUUGAUGAAUUGGAUAUAUUUCAGCCUUCCAAGUGAAAUAAGACAAAUCAGUAAUGGAAUAUAUAUCUCCAGAAGCAGCCUUUGCAAACACGACCAAAACAAUAUUAUGCUGUGAAUGCGGUAUUGCAAUUGAACCAAAUCCAGCGAAUAUGUGUGUAGCUUGUUUAAGAACUCAAGUAGAUAUCACCGAAGGUAUUCCUAAACAAGCCACUAUUCAUUUCUGCAGAGGCUGUGAUAGGUACUUUCAACCACCUACAGACUGGAUUCAUUGUGCUCUAGAAUCGAGGGAGCUUCUACAACUAUGUUUAAAAAAAUUAAAAGGUCUCAACAGAGUGAAAUUGAUAGAUGCUGGUUUUGUUUGGACCGAACCUCAUUCAAAACGGAUCAAAGUGAAAUUAACAGUGCAAGGUGAAGUCCUGGGAGGUGCAGUUCUUCAACAAGUAUUUAUUGUUGAAUAUACAGUUGCCCAUCAAAUGUGCGAUGAUUGCCAUAGGACUGAAGCUAAAGAUUAUUGGAAGGCAUUGGUUCAAGUCCGGCAGAGAGCUGAAAAUAAGAAAACAUUUUACUACUUAGAGCAACUGAUACUUAAACAUAGAGCCCAUGAAAACACUUUGAGUAUCAAGCCAAUUCAUGAGGGUCUUGAUUUCUUUUUUUCCACUGAGGCACAUGCUAGAAGAAUAGUAGAUUUUUUGAACACUGUCAUACCUUGUCGGUCUCAACACUCCAAGAAGCUUUUGUCUCAUGACGUUCACAGCAAUACAUAUAAUUAUAAAUUUACAUUCAGUGUUGAACUUGUCCCCAUUUCAAAGAACAGCGUGGUCUGUCUUUCAAGAAAAAUGACUCAUCAGUUCGGUGGUAUCAGUCCUUUGUGUUUAGUUCUACGAGUCACAAAUAAUAUUCAUCUUAUUGAUCCUUGUUCGGCACAAAUCACUGAAAUAUCAGGGAGUCAUUACUGGAGAGAUCCAUUUAACUGUAUAUUCAAUCCAAAACAGCUGACAGAGUACGUUGUUAUGGAUAUUGAGCCAAUUAAAGAUAAGGAGAGAAAAUUUUUCCCUGGCCAAGGUCCCAUUUCUAAUAAGCAUGUACUAGCAGAUGUUUGGUUGACAAAGGCUUCAGAACUCGGGAUAAAUGAUAAUACAAUCCACACAAGAACUCAUUUAGGCCAUGUAUUAAAACCCUUUGAUUCUGUUUUAGGAUACAAUGUAAAUGAGAGUAAUGUUAACGAUGAUUGCUUUGAGAAGUUAAACAAAGAUUUAAUUCCCGAAGUAAUACUUGUGAAGAAGCAUUAUGCUAACAAGAGGAAAAGAGCAUGGAAGCUCAAACAUCUUCCAAGAGAUGACACAAGCAUUGGAACAGGAAACCAAGACUAUAAUGAAUUUCUUGACGAUUUGGAAGAGGAUCCAUUAUACAGACAAAAUAUCAAUAUUUAUAGAAACAAACAAGUUAUGCCUGUCGAUACUGAUGAAUUAGAAGAUCCGUUCGAACCGAGGAUAACUCUCGAAGAGAUGCUUGAUGAUCUUAAUAUUGAUGAUCCUAAUGAAAUGUCAUAAUUAUUUUAAUUAAUUGAUGAUCCUAAUGAAAGGUCAUAAUUAUUUUAAUUAAGCAAUAUGAAGUAUAUGGAUAAGCCAAAUUUUAUUUACUUAUUAAUUAUGAUAAUUAAUAAAAAUGUUGAU